AGUCGGGGUAAGAUAGCAUAGUGUCUCUGAAUACGGGACUAUUUCUGGCGCUGCAGAUGAGGUGUCCUCAGCGUGAGUGACUAGCGGUGCUCUUCAACCCUGCAGACGUUACAACCAGCAGAUGACAAGAUGCCGCGCCGCCAUGCGUGAACACCGCAGCAGAGAUUGACCGUGUAUGUGUGUGUGUGUUUGCAUAUGUGUGCGUGUGUGUGUGUGUGUGUGGCCUUCAAGAUAGGGGGCGCAUGCAGAAACAGCAAGGCACAGGCUUGCCCGUCCCAAGGUGCCGUAAGCACUCAGCGAGGAACACCAUCAUCAUCGUCACGUGCACCGUCGUCGCCACCAGUGUAUAGAUGGCAAAGGAUGCAGCGCCCACGCCACCACGGUCGUCUGCUUGCUGUUUUCACAGUGGUAGUGUUGUGGUCUGCAGGGCGUGCGCCGGCGGGCGGACAGGGCGAGGCGGCGGUGGCAGGCCAGCUGCAUCUCCGAGUGUCUAGCUUCAUCAACCUGGGAGGGCAGGUGGCAGGAGGCGGGUGCUGCCUCCAGCCUGGGCGACCCCUGGCAUGCAGCCCUCUCUGCCGCACCUUCUUCAGAGUGUGCUUGAGCCACGCCCCCCGCAGCGGCCCAGUGGAGGUAGGGCGGCCGAAAAGCAGGACAGGGAUUAUGGGGGCGUGUCCCUUGGGCCUGCUGGUGACGCGCGUGGUGGCCAACGGGAGUCUGGUGGCACGAGAUCAAGGAGUGCUGGACAUGACCUUUCCCUUCACGCAACAGUGGCCGGAGGACUUCAAGCUGAUCCUGGAGGCGUGGCAUGACGUGACGGGCCAGCUGUUCAGGGCGCCGCGGCCAGGCAAGGAGAAAGCGUCUCCCACAGGCGGCCAGCUGAUCGCCCGCCACGUCGCCCAUCACCACCAGGAGGGAGGCCGACCCUGGUCCUUCCACGCCCACGCCAACGCUCACACCGGCCUGCGCUACGCCCUUAAGGUGACCUGCACGGCGCCCCAUCACGGCCCUGACUGCUCCGAGGUGUGUAGGUCUGGCGGGUCUGGUGUGGUGGCGGGACACUGCAACACCACCAAGUGUGAAGACGACUGCCGUGACAAGCUCUGCACAUCCCCCACCCAUUGCUCCUGCCCCGAGGGAUGGACUGGCGCUCUCUGUGAUGCCCCUUUGUGUGGGCCGGGCUGCAGCACCGAGCAUGGUUAUUGUGGCGUGCCAGGAGAGUGCAGGUGCGAGGUGGGCUGGUGGGGUGCGCGAUGUGACCUGUGUUUCCCGUACCCCGGCUGCCAACACGGGACAUGCAAGCAGCCGUGGCAGUGCGUGUGUGACCCAGGCUGGAGCGGCGAUCUGUGUGACACUCGUGAGGCGCCAGAAGGAUACAACAGAACAAGAGAGGAUGACGGGUGGGCAGCAGAUGUGGAGUGUGGCUGUCUCAACGGCGGCACCUGCGUGGAGGCCAAGCCACCCCUCAACUAUACGUGCUCUUGCCCUGCUCUCUUCACUGGCCACCACUGUGAUUACCUGGCGCGCCCCUCAUCCCCCCGCAUGAUAAUUUCUGGAGGUGGGGCAGGUUCUUCCCUGCAGGAGACCGAACAGCUGGAUGAUGUUAAGGAGAAGGAGGAGGAGGACCCCAAAGCCACGCGACGCCGCUUACUACAGAAACACGCUCGUAUUUCCUUCAGGCCUGUCAAGCCUGGAUCUGGGGCAGGGAGAGGGGCGGGGGAGACGACAACUUCGCCUCCUGCCGUGGGGGAGAGGAAGCUGCUGCCGCUGCCCGUAGUGCUCCCCCGCGUCACUGAGAUGUCGCCUCCGGCCCUCCUGCCCAGCCUGCGCAAACACAAACCUAUCCUGAAGCAGCCGCUCGCCACCUCGCUCACCACGGGCAGUGCGCAGGAUCCCGCACGCAAGAACUUCAUUCCCAGUGCUCGCGGCGGCAACGUCCCCGCGCGUCCCCGCUUGGUGCAAGUCCUCAACUCACAGCGGCGCCCCAUCCUGGUGAGCCUCCCCGCACCACCACUCACGCUGGGCCCCAACACCCCUCCCACCACGCCCGCAGCCCCCACACCCCAUACAUCUGACGUGUCCCUCACCCACUCCUCGCCUUCUCUCCCCCGGACCACCAGACCCACCACCGCUGAGCCACAAGGCCCAAUCAACCUGUACCCAAUGAAGAUCACCACCCCGCCCCCGCACCAAACGGCACAGCGUCCCCUAGUCCUGGCCACUACUACCACCGCCGCCAGAAGCACCAACAGCAACAGAAGCAAUAGUAGCACCAACAACAACAACAAAAGUAGCAACAACAGCAACAGUAGCAGCAGCAGCAGCAGCAGUAGUAGUAGCAGUAGCAGCAGCAGCAGCAUCAGCAGUAGCAGCAGAAGCAGCAGCAGUAGUAGCAGUAGCAACAUCCCCAACGUCACCUCACGCCCUUGGCCUAGAGUGGCGCUGUGGCCCCCAGCACGGCGUCCUGGGGGCAUCCCAAGGCGACAUGGAGUGCAGGGGCUGUCUCCCAGGCCCAGAGUGGACGUAGCCGCCUUGGUGAGUGUGACCAAUGGCCCCCAGGAGGAGGCCCACGAGGCAUCGGGAACUGAGAGGCUGGAAACACUCCGACCUCUGCAUCGAGAAUUAGAAUCCCAGAGAGCUCUGGCUGGACUGCCAGAUCGCAGAAAUAUUCCGUCAGGGUUCGAGGACUUCCAUAUUCCUGCUGCCAGGAACAUCGCGGCAACGUACUACGAGGAAAACGUGAACGGCCGUGUGCAUAUUGGAGAUGUGAGCAGGGUGGACUCUCCUGCGCGGGAGAUUAUGGACGCUUUCAUAGAGCUAAAGAAAGUGUGACUCACUCCAUCUCGCCUCACCUCACCACACAUCAACCGAAGAGGUUCAUUUAGAAAUUACGAGACUGCUGCUGGCGUACUCACAAUUGGGGCUGCAACCUGCUGCAGCGUUGUGCACACGUAGUCUUCUUGUCGCAGACGUCUUGUAACAGUGCUGGAUUGUAUGUGGAGUUGCCUUGCCAUGGCUAACCACACCGGGCCGUGGCGCGCUGGCUUCAGGCACAAUACAACCUCACCUUCAGACAAAACAUUCCAAUAUAACUGAUUCGGUGUAGGAAUUUACAUUAUUAUACUUCAUUCACUCUAGCAAUUACUUAUUUCAAUGUUAUAAUCUACUGAUAAGCGCGCCGCGUGUGUAGAGAGAGAGAGAGAGAGAGAGAGAGAGAUGGGCAUGUAGUUUCAUUAAAAAGUAAGCCACCACAUGUCGGUAAGGCAAUAUCUAGAAAAAUAUCAGUCACUUUUCCAUUUCACUGGUUAAGAGGCCGUGUUGUGGACAGUUCCUGCACGUAUACAGUGGGAAGUAGUUUUCCUACCUUUAUUUCUAAGACAUGUGACAUUUAUUAUUAUUUCCAUUUUUUUUUUUUUUAUUGUUUUAUCUUUAUUCUUUUCAUGGCUAGAGCUUCCUCUGACGUGUAUCAUGGGUUGCCUUCUUCCUCUCUCCCUCCACAUCCCCUUCCACGCUUCUCAUUCCUUCUCCCGCCUCCCGAUCUCUCUCUCUCUCUCUCUCUCUCUCUCUCUCUCUCUCUCUCUCUCUCUCUCUCUCUCUCU